AUGGCUGCUUCAAGAGUUGACCCCGCAGACGCACUGCAACUCGCAGCCAUCACGUUUGACUGGGGAGAUAGUCUAGAUACCAAGGACUGGGCUCGUCUAGAAGCCAUACUUGCCCCACAACUCAACGUUGACUACGCCGAGGUAACAGGACAAACUUGGGAUGCAAUGCCAGCCAAAGAGUUCAUCGCCAUGGUCUCAGCCCCAAGUUUCGUCGGGGAUCCUCUUGUCGACACGCAGCAUUUCAUUGGGGGAUCCAAGUAUGAAGUCAUCUCGACGGACCGUGUUGUUGGUAAACAUCAACUACGGGCUGCUCAUCAACGAUACACUGGACCUGAUAAGGCGGUAGUCGAAGCCAAGGGCCAUUGUCAUGCUUUGAUGCAGCAUACCUAUGUCAAGAUAGAGGGAGAGUGGAAGUUGGCGGGGUUGAAGCCAAAGAUUUAUUGGACUGAGUUUGACUUUGACAGGAUCUUUACGAGUAGUUCAUGA